AGAAAAAUUCUAUCCGCACCAUAUCGCUCCACGUCACACCUCUUCUUUCUUUCUUCCUGUUUCAAAGCGCUUGCUUACAGUGGCAAGCAAGAACCCAAUUACAAUCUUCAACAAUGGCUUCUUCGACCAUCUUCUCUUUCAAUUUCAGGUUUUGCCCGCUACACUUUCCUACAACAGCCCGACUCUCUUAUGUGUCUGCUCACCUCUCGCCCUUCAAUAAGUUGAACAACUCACCCAGACUCAGUUCGAGUCAUAGCAUUUCUGGGUCUCUCUCGUUUUUCUCUCGAAAACCCUCUACUAUCUCUACUCUCACUCAGAGACUUCAAUCUCUUACAGUCACUGCUGCUAAAGGGUACAAAAUGAAAACCCACAAGGCUUCUGCGAAAAGAUUCAGGGUGACAGGUGGAGGAAAAAUAGUUCGGAGGAGAGCUGGGAAGCAGCAUUUGCUGGCCAAGAAGAACACCAAGAGGAAAUUACGACUCUCCAAAAUGCACUUGAAUGCAGAGUUUCCAUGGACCUGUGGCAUCCUAGGAUUCAUCACAUCUCAAUGCUGUGCUGGUGUAAAUGUUGUAGACUAGUUCAGUUCAGCAUUAUGCCCAAAAUACCUUGGUGCAUACAAAGAACUCAUCCCAAUAUUGUCAUUGACUUGAGCGAAAACUUGUGAGAUGUUUACUGGCCAGCAACAAUCACGUAGGAUGUUCACAUGUCAAUUUGAAUCAGUUUUGGUAAAUAAUCCAAUUGAAUCAGCAUAGAAAAGGAAUUCUUGAAAUUGAACUCUGCCAUUGUCCUUCUAAUAAUUAAUAAAAUCAGUUUGAUCCUUGUUCCUAUAUUUUGGUAUUUAAAAUGUUCAUAUCUCCAAACCAAAGCAAACCAGAAGAAUGAAAGAAACUGAACCAAAUGGAAUGGCAAGACCGAUUCAGUCUGUUGGUUUAACAAGGUUCUGACUCGCCAUUUUGACUGAGCAUAUUCCUUGCUGUUUAAACAUUAAUUUUUAUUUCACAGAUUUUAGAUUAUUAAUUGUGCUUCCACAAAGAAGCUUGUUCUCUUAAUGU